AUGGGUGGGUGUGUAUACUAUGACGAAGAUAUCAUAGCCCCAACUACUACUAGACUAGACGGCAAACCAACACUUGGCGCUUUCUUUAAUAAGGAUGGCUUAUUAAUGAGAACGUAUGGCUGGUUAGUAAAAAACGCCAUAGGAGUUAUAAUAUUAAUUCAUGGUCUAAAUUCACAUGCAAGAUUGACCUUUUUAAGACAUAACGUUGAAAUCGUGGACAACUCUAGGGCUAUAUUAAAAGAUGAAAACAAUUUUUACGUUUAUAAAGACAGCUGGGUAGAACAUUUUAAUAAAGAAGGCUAUUCAGUAUAUGCAUUAGAUUUACAAGGUCAUGGACUGUCCCACGGGUGGAAAGACUUAAGUCUGCACAUUAACAACUUUGAUGAUUUAGUGCAUGACGUAAUACAGUAUCUUAAUAUAAUUAAUGAUGAAUUAUGUUUAAAAGAUGAGGAAAAUGAUUCCAAGACAACUUGCGAAAACCAGACGGAUUGUACUACUCUUUGUGAUGGCAACAAUGAAGGUAAUAGUGAUAGAUGUAACAGAAAUGUGAGGAGGAAUAAAAGUAAUCCCAAAAGCAAUAAAAAUCCCCAAAGUGACAAGGAUCCGAAAAGCAACAAGGAUCCCCAAAGUAACAAGGAUCCCAAAAGCAACAAGAAUCCCCAAAGUAACAAGAAUCCCCAAUGUAACAAGAAUCCCCAAUGUAACAAGAAUCCCCAAUGUAACAAGAAUCCCCAAAGUAACAAGAAUCCCCAAUGUAACAAGAAUCCCCAAAGUAACAAGAAUCCCCAAAGUAACAAGAAUCCCCAAUGUAACAAGAAUCCCCAAAGUAACAAGAAUCCCCAAUGUAACAAGAAUCCCCAAUGUAACAAGGAUCCCCAAAGCAACGAGGAUCCCCAAAGCAACAAGGAUCUUCAAAUCGAUAAGAAACCCCGGUGUAGUGAAGGACGUAAGAAUAAUAAAUGUUGUCCAUGUCCAAUAUUCAUAAUUGGUCAAUCAAUGGGCGGAAACGUUGCUUUAAGAACAUUACAACUUUUAGAGAAGACAAAAAACAAUGGGAAAGGAAAUUUAAAUAUUCAAGGAUGCAUCUCAUUAUCAAGUAUGAUUUGUUUUCAGAAAAUAGCUUCACCACGUUCAUAUAAAUAUAAAGUUUUUUAUUUACCAUUUUCAAGAAUAAUUAGUGGCUUCUUCCCAACGUUAAGACUUGCCACAAAAAUAGGAUUUCAAAAAUAUCCCUAUCUUAAUGAUCUUUCUAAUUUUGAUAAAAUUCGAUCCAAAAUUGGCGUAACCGUAAAAUAUUGGUGUGAACUUCUAAGAGCAACAAGUAACUUAGAAAAGGAUAUGAAAUUUAUCCCCAGUGAUAUUCCUAUAUUGCUAAUUCAUUCCAAAGAUGAUAUUUUUUGUUAUUACGGAGGUGUAAAAUCAUUUUUUAAUAGAUUAAAUAAUAAUAAUAAAGAACUGAUUACGUUAGAAAAUAUGGAGCAUGGGUUGACCUCAGAGCCUGGGAACGAAAUGGUCUUACAAAGCAUCGUUAAUUGGAUUGGAAAUUUAAACACAAAAAAAGAAAUGGCCAAAACUUUAAAGAAAAAAUAA